UGCUCGGCGCUCGCGGCUCUGGGGGCUCGGCUUUGCCGCGCGCGGUGCACUUGGGCGAAAGCUGGAACGUGGAACGGAGCUCGGAUCUCAGCGCAGCCACCGCGAUGAGAGGCGCUCGCGGCGCCUGGGAUUUUCUCGGCGUCCUGCUCCUCCUGCGCCUCCUGCUCGGCGUCCAGACAGGCUCUUCUCAACCAUCUGUGAGUCCAGAGGAACUGUCUCCUCCAUCCAUCUAUCCAGCAAAAUCAGAGUUAAUAGUCAGUGUUGGCGAUGAGAUUAAACUGCUCUGCAGCGAUCCUGGGCUUGUCAAAUGGACUUUUGAGUCCGUGGAUACUUUGACUGAGAAAACACACAAUGAAUGGAUCGUGGAGAAGGCAGAGGCCAUCAAUACAGGCACUUACACGUGCACCAAUGAAGGCGGCUUAAGCAGUUCCAUUCAUGUGUUUGUUAGAGACCCUGCAAAGCUUUUCCUCACUGACGUUUCCUUGUAUGGGAAAGAAGACAAGGAUACGCUGGUCCGCUGUCCUCUGACAGAUCCAGAGGUGAAGGAUUACUCCCUCAGGGGCUGUGAUGGGAAGUCCCUUCCAAAAGGCUUGGUCUUUGUCGCUGACCCCAAGGCUGGCAUCACCAUCAGAAACGUGAGACGCGAGUAUCAUCGGCUCUGCCUGCGCUGCUCUGCUGAACGGGAGGGCAAGCUAGAGCUGUCGGAGAAAUUCACUCUGAAAGUGAGGGCAGCCAUCAGAGCUGUACCAGUUGUAUCUGUGUCCAAGGCAAGCCAUCUUCUUAGGGAAGGGGAAGAAUUUAGUGUGACGUGCACUAUUAAAGAUGUGUCUAGUUCUGUGGACUCAAUGUGGAUAAAGGAAAACAGUCAGACUAAAACACAGGUAAAGAGUAAUAGCAGGCAUCACGGUGACUUUGACUUCCAACGUAAAGAAAGGUUGACUAUCAGCUCAGCAAGAGUUAACGAUUCUGGAGUGUUCAUGUGUUAUGCCAAUAAUACUUUUGGAUCAGCAAAUGUCACAACAACCUUGGAAGUAGUAGAUAAAGGAUUCAUUAAUAUCUUCCCUAUGAUGAAUACUACAAUAUUUGUAAAUGAUGGAGAAAAUGUGGAUCUGAUUGUUGAGUACGAUGCAUACCCCAAACCUGAACGCCAGCUGUGGAUCUAUAUGAACAGAACCUCCACUGAUAAGUGGGAAGAUUACCCCAAGUCUGAGAAUGACAGUAAUAUCAGAUAUGUCAGUGAACUUCACCUGACCAGAUUAAAAGGGAGCGAAGGAGGCACUUACACAUUUCUAGCAUCCAAUUCCGAUGUCAAUUCCUCCGUGACAUUUAAUGUUUACGUGAACACAAAACCAGUAAUUCUGACUCGUGACAGGCUCGUGAAUGGCAUGCUCCAGUGUGUGGCAGAAGGAUUCCCUGAGCCCACAAUAGAUUGGUAUUUUUGUCCAGGAACUGAGCAGAGAUGUUCUGUUCCUGUUGGGCAAGUGGAUGUGCAUAUACAAAACUCGUCAGUGUCACAAUUUGGAAAGCUAGUGGUUCAAAGUUCCAUCAGUGAUAGUGCCUUCAAGCACAAUGGCACAGUCGAAUGUAGGGCUCACAAUGAUGUGGGCGAGAGUUCCGCCUUUUUUAACUUUGCAUUUAAAGGUAACAACAAAGAACAACUCCAGCCCCACACCCUGUUCACACCUUUGCUGAUUGGUUUUGUGAUUGCAGCUGGUAUGAUGUGCAUCAUAGUGAUGAUUCUUACCUACAAAUAUUUACAGAAACCCAUGUAUGAAGUACAGUGGAAGGUUGUUGAGGAGAUAAAUGGAAACAACUAUGUUUACAUAGACCCAAUGCAGCUUCCUUAUGAUCACAAAUGGGAGUUUCCCAGAAACAGACUGAGUUUUGGGAAAACCUUGGGUGCUGGCGCCUUUGGAAAAGUUGUUGAAGCCACUGCUUAUGGCCUCAUAAAGUCAGAUGCUGCCAUGACUGUCGCCGUGAAGAUGCUCAAGCCAAGUGCCCAUUUAACGGAACGGGAAGCCCUCAUGUCUGAACUCAAAGUCUUGAGUUACCUUGGGAACCAUAUGAAUAUCGUGAAUCUUCUGGGCGCAUGCACCGUCGGAGGGCCCACCCUGGUCAUUACAGAAUAUUGUUGCUAUGGUGAUCUUUUGAAUUUUUUGAGAAGAAAACGUGAUUCAUUUAUUUGCUCAAAGCAGGAAGAUCACACAGAAGCAGCACUUUAUAAGAACCUUCUGCAUUCAAAGGAGUCUUCGUGCAGUGACAGUACUAAUGAAUACAUGGACAUGAAACCCGGAGUUUCUUAUGUUGUACCAACCAAGGCAGACCAAAGAAGAUCUGCAAGAGUAGGCUCAUAUGUAGAAAGAGAUGUGACUCCUGCCAUCAUGGAAGAUGAUGAGUUGGCCCUGGACCUGGAAGACUUGCUGAGUUUUUCUUACCAGGUGGCAAAAGGCAUGGCAUUCCUCGCCUCAAAGAAUUGUAUUCACAGAGACUUGGCUGCCAGAAACAUCCUCCUUACUCAUGGGCGAAUCACAAAAAUUUGUGAUUUUGGUCUAGCCAGAGACAUCAAGAAUGAUUCUAAUUACGUGGUCAAAGGAAAUGCUCGGCUACCUGUGAAGUGGAUGGCACCAGAAAGCAUUUUUAACUGUGUGUACACAUUUGAAAGUGAUGUCUGGUCCUACGGGAUUUUUCUGUGGGAGCUGUUCUCUUUAGGAAGCAGCCCCUACCCUGGAAUGCCAGUCGAUUCUAAGUUCUAUAAGAUGAUCAAGGAAGGUUUCCGGAUGCUGAGCCCUGAGCAUGCACCUGCUGAAAUGUAUGACAUAAUGAAGACUUGCUGGGAUGCUGAUCCCCUAAAGAGGCCAACAUUCAAGCAGAUCGUUCAGCUCAUUGAGAAGCAGAUUUCAGACAGCACUAACCAUGCUUACUCCAACUUACUGAACUGCAGCCCCAAGCCAGAGCACCCCGUGGUGGACCACUCCGUGCGGAUCAAUUCUGUGGGCAGCAGCGCAUCUUCCACCCAGCCUCUGCUCGUGCACGAAGAUGUCUGAAGUGGAGCGAGUGUCUGGGGGGUCUCCCAUCAAGAAUGAUCCCCACUCUUUCAUUUUCUAUGAUGGUUAUUGUUUUCCUUCGACUUGCAUCCUACUCCAGGGUAGUGGACGCCCCCUGUAAUCCUGUCCUAUGAGCACACUAUAGUGAGCAAUGACUUUUGUCAUCUGGCGCCACCCCAUUGCAAAGGUCCGAAAUGCAUAUAUUCCCAAUAGUAAAGGGGGCUACCUUUAAUGAAAAAAACCUAACUUGGAGAAGCAGGGGCUAGACACUCUGAAUCCUUUCCAAGUCUUCUCCAGUUUCUGCUCAAAGAGUGUGGUUGAUAGUUUGAAUACAUGACAGUAGUCACCUUCGGCUUUAGCAAACAUCCAUGAGGUAGAAAAUAGAACAUUGUUAGAACAAUGGACAGAAGUCUAUGACUAUCUGGGCUUCAGAAAUUUAGUAUUUCAUGCUGGGAACAAGACAUAGGUCAUGAGAAAUUGCUCCUCCAGCAUGAAGACUUGCUGCUAUGCAUGAGCCUUUGUACUACUAACCUGGUUUCUCAUUAAUUUGCUGUUAGGGAGCUGAAUUGGAGAGAAGGUCCCCCCAGGGAGCAUUUGUAUAUACUCAUCUAUACAUUGUAUGUGUUCAUGUAUUUGAGGGGGGCGAUCUCACAAGGAGUGGUUUCUGGAUACUACCGUGGCUUAAGUCUGCUGUGUGUAGAAAUAGAUAAGAGCCAGAUAAGUUUGAAGGAAACAGUUAAUUUUUUUUUUUAAAAGAAAAAACCUCCAAGCACAAUAUCUCCUUUUGUAGCCAAUGAACUCGCUCUGUAGAUUAUCCAGAACAAGCCUACCAGCUUCCAAUGGCAUUGUGCUCCAUGGGUUUGAUGCCAUUUGAAAAGUUACUGAUUUACUGCAUGACUCCAGCAGGAGUGAGAAACGUGCUGUCUUAGUUGGAAUUCUUCUGUAGCAGGAAAUAAGAUUUAGAUUCAGCCUCCUCUGCAGGCGUGUCCUGGACACCGGGCCAGUAUCUAUGUAGGUGUGUAUGUGUGCACGUGUGUGUAUGCUUGUAGACAAAGGUUUGGGGGGUUAUUCUUGCCCUAAGCCCAAGAAAUCCUUUAGUACCCAAGAAGCUUGGCUUUCAUCACCAGUACUGCUCUUGUUUCUCUUUACCUAGCUGUCUAGAGAAGCAAACCAAAAGCUUACAUAGAGGCAUGUGAGAGGCAAAGUGCAUAAGUACCUAUUUAUUUGCAAUCCGCCUGCACCUACAGCGCUCAGUUAUUUAUACUCAACAUACUGUACCAGUUCCUUAGGCUUUAUUAAUGCUACUCUCCCAUGGAAAGUUAUUUAAAUUUUACCCUUUAGGCUGUAGCCUGGAUAUUAUUCUUGGAGUUUACUAUUUUUCUUUUUCCUUUUUUUUUUUCUUGUCCUCAUCACUGCCCAAUAAUAAGGGGACCAUGUGUACAUGGCAGAGUUGGUAUGUUGUCUUGCAAGAUUCAGGUAUGUCGCCUUCACGGUUUUCCCCUCCAAGGUCCCUUAGACUGCAUUUAGAGAACUGUGGCCAUUCAUCCGAAAGUAACCAUUUGCACUGGAGUUCUAUGCUCUCGCACCUUCCAAAGGUAACAGGUUUUGGUGUUUCGUUGUCACAUAAGAGAUUGUCAUUGUUUGCCAUACUUCGAAAACUUCCUUUGCUUUUCUAUUUGAUUAGAGUAAAAAAAAAAAGUGGUUGUUACUUGUAGAUGUCUAGGUACUUCAGGGGCACUUCUAGAGUUUUGUCUUGGAUAUUCUUGAAAGUUUAUAUUUUUAUAAUUUUUUUUACAUCAGGUGUUCCUUUGCUGUGGCUUAAUGUUUGAAAUUAUUUUGUGGCUUUUUUUUUUGUAAAUAUUGAAAUGUAGCAAUAAUGUCUUUUGAAUAUUCCCAAGCCCACGAGUCCUUGAAAAUAUUUUUUAUAUAUACAGUAACUUUAUGUGUAAAUAUGUAAGCUGUGCAAGUUUAAAGGAUGUUUGUGUUCCAUGUGUGUUUUUUUUUUUCCCUGAUAUGUUGCUCAAUUGUUGACAGUUCUGAAGAAUUCUAAUAAAAAU